AUGACUCAGCCAUUAUCAUAUAAAGUAGUUAUUGUAGGAAAUACGCAAGUAGGAAAGACAUGUAUUGUUGAUAAACUAGUGACUGGAGCUAUAUCUGACGAUGUAACUCCUACAAUUGGCGCAAGCUUUUUAACUUUUACCAUUAAAAAGCCAAAAGGUCCAAUAAAGCUACAUAUUUGGGAUACCGCAGGACAAGAAAAGUUUAUGUCCAUUACUUCAACUUACUAUAGAAACGCUCAUUUUGCUUUAUUAGUUUUUGAUCUUUCUGAUCGUAAUUCAUUCAAUAAUUUAGGAAGAUGGCUCGGAGAUCUUAAAGGAAAUGCUCCUCCAGAAGUCAAAAUUAUUCUUGUUGGCAAUAAAAAGGAUUUAGAAAAUGAAAGAGCGAUAACAAAAGAAGAAGCUGAAACAUUUGUAUCAGAAAACAACUUACUAUACUACAUGGAAGUUUCUGCAUUGACAGGAGACAGAAUUAGAGAAUUAUUCCAAGGUCUAGUGAAUAUCGACACCACAGAUGCAUUGGAUGUGAUCCAACAUAAGAGGAGUGAAGAAGGUAGUUCAUGCUGUUAG